AUGGCCACUGGCGCUCUGCUUUAUGGCAAUCUGAUGACACCGAGUAUGAAUGCAAGGUCGCCCGCAGCUUGCAGAGCGAGCAAGAACUUGUACCAAGUGCUGGCGCUCGAGCCGGAGAACGUCGACGGGGUCGAGGCGGUCAAGAGAGCCUACCGGAGUAUGGCGCGGCGCCACCACCCGGACGUGUGCCCGCUGACGGGGAAGGAGGAGGCGACGAGACUGUUCAUUGAGAUCAAGAAGGCGUACGACGUGCUAUCCAACCCCGUGCUGCGGGAGAAGUACGACCACCAGUUGGGGCUGCCGGAUCUAGCGGCGGAUAGGGAGCAAGAGAAGAGGAGAGUGCUGUUUCCGAGGGAGGUGUGGAUGGAGCAGGAAGGUGAGACGGCUAGCCCAUUCCACACCCGGAUCCAAGAUCUCCUCAAUGGACUUCAUGCGAUCGGACAAAAAGUGGAAAACCGCGACAUAAUCAGAUCACGUGAGUCAAAACCAAGGAGAAAAACCGAACCAAAAUCAGAAGAAGAACCAGAUUCAGAUAACGACGAUGACGAUGACGAACUCACGAUUGAGCUCGUCAACCUGGUGAAAAAGCUCUACAAGAAGAAGAAGGGCUUCAACAAAAAGAAUGUCAGAAAAAUCAUUCAGUCCAAAGAAGCCCAACCAAAGGUAAAGUUUGAGGUGACAUGCUACGGAUGCAAUCAGAAAGGGCACAUCAAGGCGAACUGCCCGAACUAG